AUGGGGCUUAGAACCAUGGUUUCCCCAAACAGAGGUCAAGGACCUCAGUACCCUCCUCCUUUCCUAAGACAAGGUUCAGUGUACAACCUCACUCUUGAUGAGGUCCAAAGCCACCUUCCAGAACUUGGUAAGCCAUUGAAUGCUAUGAACUUCGAUGAGUUGUUGAAUUCAGUCCUCGCAGUGGAGCAACAGAUUCAUGCUCCAUCUUCAUCAUCGCCAUCCGCCAGCAUUUCCCAACUUCUGCCUGGAAAUUAUAACUUGAACUGUGCUCUUAGUUGCAAGACUGUCGAUGAGGUAUGGCGAGAGAUCAUCCGACAAGAAGAGCAAGGCAAUACCGAGAGUCCUGCAACGUUGGGAGAGACUACACUUGAGGACUUCUUGGCUUUAUUGUCAGUCAAUCCAGUGCAGCAAGAGGAGUGGCUGCAAUACCAAUUGGCUGCUGCUCAGCAGCAGCAGCAGCAGCAGCAUAUGGAUCUACUGGGUUCAAGCUUGUCGGUGUUCGGGAAUUCGAUAUCAAAUGCAGGGUUUAACGAGAACCAACAAAUGGGGCUUCCUAUGGUGUCAGUGAGUAUGGCAAAGUCCAUUUCAGCAGACUCACCAAGUGCAACAGAGACACAUAGGCCUGAUGAGAUCAUCGAUAGGAGUAUAGAGAGGAGGCAGAAGAGGAUGAUAAAAAAUCGGGAGUCUGCAGCUCGAUCAAGAGCAAGGAAACAGGCUUAUAUAAAUCAGUUAGAAGAGGAGGUGAGACAAUUGACUAACACAAAUAAACGGCUCAAGAAGCAGAAGGAAGAAGAGAUACUAUCGCAUUUAAAUACACCUUCGGAGCCAAGAUACCAACUACGGAGAACUAGCUCUGCUCCAUUCUAA